UGCUGCAAUAUGAUAAAAUUCAAUAAACAUGAGUGGACAUUAUUUCGUCGCCUGCAACGGAAACACAAGGUGUCCACCGAAUUUCUACACUAUAAUCUGGCAAAUAUACAAAAAAUCAUAUGGUAUCAAACAUGGCCGCGUAUAAUUAUAAAACGUUUUGCGGUUCGGAGACGGAAUCGAAUCUAUUUGCAACACUAUCGUUUGCGGCGGGUCCUUUUCGAUCAGGCCAAUCGUCGGAUUAUAAAACGUAUGCGGCAAAAUAUUAAACAAUGGUCACGCAGCAUUGUGUUCUAUCGAAAACGUACUCAGGAACCGGAAGAGUAUGUUGAGGAGACAAUUUGUAAAGAGAAAGAGCCCGCUGAGGCUGCUGCUCCAGUCAAUAAUUCCGUCGAUGAUGUCAGUAAACAAUUGAAAGAACAAUUGGAAUUAUUAAAAAGUGGCCGAAGACAAAAGCCGUUGAUUGAGGCCAAUAAUGAAAAUCGGAUUACAACAAAUGAUGUUGUUGAUAGUCGUCAAAAGUCGCCCGAGGAAAGAGCCACCACAAAUAGAACAUCAUUGGAGGAAAAUGUUACAUCAACAACCAGUGGCCACAACGAUUGGCAGAUUAAUUUAGAAUCCACACCAGAAAAACAGUUGGCCACCAUACAGGCAAAUGUACAGCCCAUAAAACUACUGGCAUCGGAUGAAAAAACCGAAAAAAGUCAUCAUGAAGAUGAGAUGAUGGUAUAUGGUCAAAAUAUUGAAAAACCCAUGAAAAGUGGUCUAAAUUUCCUGGACAUGUUAAUGAGUAAAGUGGGCAGUAGUGUUGUUCAGGGCUCAAGACCCUUAGAGCAGACACCAAAUUCAAAUGAUACUCUUACCAACCAGCAACACCAUCACAGCGAACAUUCCUCGGAUUCAUGUGAUGGGUUUUUGGGCUUCGAUGAUAACGAGCGUAUACCCGGCAUGUUAAUGACCCCCAUUGUGCCAAAUUCCAUCAAAAGCAAUAAUUCGAUAUUCGUCAGCGAGACACUCAAUGAAUAUAUGCGUCAAAACGACUUAGAAACCGACUAUAAUAUCGACAAGGAUAAAUCAUUUAAGCGAGUACAAUCUCGGCCAACCGAUUUGGAAGGUCUAAUGACACCAAAAACCCAACCUCCACAUUUGGAUAUGCCAGCUGUACCCGACAACCUGCUACGUUUUCGUACAGUGGCUGAAAGGAAGAAUUAUCUACAGAAAUUUGCCAAAAAUUCCCGCCUAUCAAUUAUCAACAAUGAAGCCUGUAUAUAUCGUGAGCUGCAAAAGCGGAUUCGCUAUCAAAAAUGUAAACCGAAUAGCCAGCAAUUGACAGCCCAAUCGAAUAGUUCAUCAAUGUCGUUUACACGAAAUGGUUGGAUGGCUGCCUCGUUCAUCAAUACCGAAUUUAAUAAAUAUUACUAUCAAAUGUUAGAUGUCGAUGAGGGUAAAUAUAAAGUCAAGCUUAGGGGGGUGCGUGGCAAUAAUGAUGAGUUUCGCAAGAAACCUUAUCUGAGUAAGGUUAAAAAUCCACCCAAAACAUGCCCACGUCUGUGUGUGGAUGAAGAUAUGUGGCAUGAUUUUAAGGUUAUUAAAACGGUAUCGCCCAAAUCAAGAAAACUAAACAAAGAACCCUUGCCAUCGGUGUUCAAACCCUGCCCUCUUUCACACAAAACUUUACAAAAACCCUUAGAUGAUGAUGCUGCUGCUCUGUUAUUGGCCGGUGGCAGUAUGGCUGUGGUACGUAUGCCAACCGUUGAAUUGGAAGUGUUUCCCGAAUGUGGUAAACCCCUCAAUGAAAUUGCCAAACGUUAUUUACAAUAUAUCUUGCCACAUCAUGACAUAUCACGAGAAUGGGCCGAAUUUAGCGUUUCCACGCUAAAACUGCCCGGUUCGCUGAGAGAUGCUGUUAAGGCCGCCACCGAUAGUAUACCUCGGAAAUCAUUUACAUUUGUAAUACCCUACCUAAAUGAUCGUAAUCAUGUACUGGUACGUAGGGUUGUAGAUCGUUCGGAAAAAUUGGAUGAAUCGUUUGAACAAUGUUUAGAUACUGAACUGGUACCAAAGGCCGACUUUACAUUCCGUAAAAAUUUAGAUACCACUGCAGAUGAUGUUCUAUUAACCUGUGCCGAUGUUGUCAGCGAUAUGAUAAAUACUGUCGCCAUUAGCUGUAGUGAAAAUUCAUUUAUCAAAGAUGAUCCGGAUAUGAUGUGUGAAGAAGAGAUUGCCGAUGAUAUAAAAUCACCAUGCGUUAAGACUGAAAAAACAACAAAUCGUCCAUCAUCAGCUGCUUCAAACAGUGGUGAAACCAAAAAGCGUACAAAACAAAAUCGUGUAUUAUUGGAACUAAGGCGUCUUAAUGCAACGAUUAUUGAUGCAGCUGUUAAACCGGAAAAGGAAAAAAAGCCUUGCCAUUUGGAAUAUUGUGCCAUGGGUUGUGUUUGCGAUAGCCUGGCCGAAGAGGCACACGUACGCGAACAUUGUGGCAAAACGAAAUGUAUGUGGGAGUGUACGUGUAAGACAUCAAAUCAAUCAAGGAUAUUACGUCUUGAAACCGAUGGUCGCACAAUAACCACCGAGGAUGCUUUUAUGUUAAGACGUAAGGCCACUGCCCGUUUGGCACGCAUGGAAAAGGAAUUCACAUCCACUGUGGUACUCACCGAAAACGAAACCCUCCUCAUCAAUGAAACGAACAAUGAUAAGAAACGUCGCUGCACUAAGGCACCCAAACGUUAUGAAUACUAUGAAGAUGAUACCGAUGAUGAGUUGUCAAGACAAAAUUCACCCAAAAAGACAGCGCUCACAACCAUCGAUAAUGAGAAAAAUCUAGCAGUUGAAGUAAAGGAGAUACGUGAACCGGUCUAUAUACAAGAUACCGUUUUGGAACAAUUAAAGCAUUGCACCGUGAAUUUGGUGCGAUUGAAAGAUAUGGAUAAUGUGGCGCCAUGGUGUUUAGUACAUAACCUAUAUAAAUGUUUCUGUAAAGGCAAAGCCUUGGAGGGUAAACCAAUGAUAAUUGAAAAGGGAGAAAAUAACACAACCAUCGAACAUGGUGGAGAUAGGGAUCAGCAGCAAACAAUGUUGUUAACACCCACGGAUUAUAAGGCAACAACCACCAAGGCUCGUUAUACCUUUGAAAAGGUGGAGAAGUCAAAAUCGAAAUCUAAAGAUUUAGCAGAGAGUGAAAGUGAGGAAUCGGAGGACAAUGAUUCGUCAUAUGAACAACCAGGUGCGCCAUCAAAAACACAACACACAUUAAAACAAAGGCGCAGUGAUUAUGGGAAACCCAGGAGGAGUUAUAAUACACAUAAAAAAGAGGAACCGGAAAAACGUGAAAAAGAGAAGCCGCCACAAAAAUCGUCUUACGUUAAAGAGAACUCGAAACAAUCGCAAGAACCUGCAUCGGAAAGCCAAACGCAAUCGGAUAAACCCAAACGUAGUUUGGAAGAGGUGCGAGAGCGAUUCUUUGCCCCACGUCCCGAAGGUUGUAGGCGACUAAUACCCAUACCCAGACGUAUGUUUUUGUACUGCAAUCGUAAGAGAAGGAUAAAUGUUUUGAAUUACAUCAAGGAAAAUGAAACGGAACAGACAAGAUUACUACUCAAUGAACACGUAAUGAGAUCCGUAUAUUAUCAUAAAGCAGAUAAUGAAAAAAUGAAAAAACAACAGGAACAACAAGAAGCAAAUAAGGCAGCAAAGGAAAAGGAUUCGCAUGGAGUAGGAGGAGGAAAGACAAAACAACAACAACAAAUCAAUGAUGAAGUAAAGGACCAACCUCAGCCACAUGAUAUUGUUGAUCUCAUAGAUGAUGAUGAUGAAAAUGAGGUUAUUCAGAAAGAGGCGGUGGAUAUGCCAUCAAAACUAAAAAUUACUGCCUCAGCUAUGGAUGAUGAUUCUGCAAUAGUCCAAGAUGCCGUUUCAUCCCCCGAUGCCAUUAUAACAAUGAAAGAAUUUGGUACUUUGUCGGGAUUAAAUAUUGCCGAAUGUAAUGCAUCGGCGGCGGAGGGAACUUCUACAAAUUCUUCCACAGCUCUUAAUAGUCCUGCAGAAAACACCGAAUUAAUGUUGCCCAAAAUAUCGAAUUGUUUUUCAUUAAAUGCCAAGGCAAAUAUCUCAAAAACCUUGACCGGUUCAACGGCAGAUGUACAAAAACUGAAACAGCAUUUGGCAGAUUUAACCUCCGUAACAAGCGUGAAUUCUCCAGUCUUUGCCGCACCUGAUUCUGCUGAUAGUAAUAUGCCAAAUUCAACACUGAUGGAUGUUAACAGCCAACAAACAGACCCAUCCGAUUCCGCCCAGUUAUCCUUGCUAACGGAAAAUGAAAAUGUACGCGAUGUCUACAAUAGCGUUAUACGCACCAUGAAUUCUUUGGUUAGUAAAAAAAUGCAAGACGUCGAUUUUGCUCUGAAGCGUGAAAGUCACAUAAUACCGGCACCGAACACCGAUAUUUUGUGUAUCAUGAAAUGGUCGAAUUUUUUGGAUGCCUUUUGUCGGGGCUUUGCCUUCAUUUGGCAAGUGAAAUCGAAAGAGGGUACCUAUUUGGUGGCAACCAUACGCAAUAUGAUGCCAAUGAUUUGUGGUGCAAUGGGUGUGGUAAAUAUAACAGCGUUAAAACCGGAUCGAGUGCCCCUCAUGGCAAAAAUGCUUUUGCAUAAUGUUCGUAAUGAACACACCACCAAAUUGGCUAUCGUAAUGCAGGGCAAGCUAACAUAUUGGGUGGUAAAGGGAUUCCUUAAAGCGGACCCGGCCAUGGCGUGUAAUAAACCAACACCCGAAACGCAUCCUUCGUUGACAAAGAAAAUAAAUAUUUUGUGCACUUCGUUGGUGAAGCAACGGCAAAAGGAGGAAAAGAAAAAGCAGCAGCAGAUGUUGAAUAAGAAAUCGAAUUUACAAAAUAAUUUGGUGGUGGAAUCCGCAACAAAUGUUAUUGGAGGUGGUGUUGGUGGGAGUGGAAUGAUGAUGUCUGAGUCAGUAACUAUGACUCUGAAUACUCCAAUAACACCACUACCGCCACCAUAUGCCGGCUCCCAUCAAACGUUGCCAAACAUUUUUCAAACACCAAUUUCCACACAGCCACCACAAGCAUGCAAUGUUAUUGGCAUCCCUCCCGUUAUGGGGGGCAAUCAAAUAAUACCCAAUACGCCUGUGAGCAUCAUACCCUCGCCGCUACCCGAUACGAAUCCUCGAAAACGAAAAUUUACCAGUGAUCCGAUUUUAUCAAAUGAAAUAAGCUCCAAUAAAAUGGAUUCGUAUGCCAAAAUGAGUACAAAUAUUGAAUUUCGUAAAGUUACACCACAGGAUGUCAACGAAAUACACUUGCCGCACGACCACAAAGACAAUCACAAAUGGUUGGUCUUGGAUCUGCACAAUGAUUUCUCACACAUCUUUGUGCCAGAUUUUCGUGAUCUCGUGUCAUUGGAUCGCAUACAAAAGGUCAUUAAUUUUGCCAAACAAAAAAAUAAAAUCGUCAAAUUGCAAUUCUUUCAAAACGCGCCCUUCGAUGCCUUCGUUACACCCAAGUCGGGGAGAAAAAUCUAUUUUGGACCUCUCAAUAUGAAUAUGAAACCGCCCACAUUGAUACUUUUGCAAAGUGUUGAUGGCCAAAUGAUGCUAAGGGAAUUAUAUCAAUUGAAACAUGGCAUACAAACUCCAGCGGAUGAGAGGACCAAGGCAUUUUGGCUAUUGCAAAUGAAUGGUCAGACACAUUUUGAAAUUGAGCCAACAUCGACAGCCUACAAUGAGAAUUAUGUUAAAACAAUAGCAAUGGAGAGUGUACAAUCGCCGGAAGAACGGCAAGUGCUUGGCCAGCAGGAUAAUGCAAUGAGAGGAAAUGCUGAGGCGAAUGAUACGGAUGACGAUGAAGAUUGUAUGAUCAUCGAUGAGGUGGAUAAUAAUCCGGCUGCGUCAAGCUCGAAAGCUUCAAACGCCCCUCAUUCCGCUGAAAGCUAUAAAUAUUUUACAAUAUCCUCGGUGGCCAAUGAUUUGCAAAUAACACCAGCCACCACAAUAGCUGCACAACCACCACCCGCCACCACCUCAAAUAAUUCCCUAUUAAAAAUUGCCCAGACAAAUACCGUUAUUCAACCUAUUUUACAAUUACCUCCGGUUGUAAAUCCGGCAGCACAGCAAUCAUUUUUAAAUUUACCAACAAAUAGUAUAAUUAGUGGCGUGGUGACUUUAGCAAAUAACAGCACAGCGACAGCAACGGCAACAGUUGUUCCCACGCAACUUCCUGCACCACCAGCACCAUCAUCAGUGGCAACAUUCUUAGGCACUCCUCCGGCAACAAUACAAAAUAUCAAUCAACUAAGUAAAAAUUCUGCUGCUGCAACUACAACAGUCCUUAAGACCCCCCAAACAUACACAACAAAAGACAUAAUUAUACCAAACUCCUCCAACACUUCCAACACUGGUGCCUCCUCUACAACCUAUACCCAACAACCAAUUGCCCAAAAAAGACGCCGUGUCUCCAUUGUCUGUCAGAAUCCAUUUGAUCGGGUAUCGCAUAAUAUUGCCGUCAGUGCGGUAAUAAAUAAAAUAUUACCCGAAAAUAUCCAAGAUAUACAAGUCGAUCAGCCAUUGAGUACGGUAUCGACAAUUGGUUCAACAACAAUUACCAAAUUAAGUGAUAACAUUACACAUUUAAAUGCUGCUGCUGGUGGUGGUGGAACCACAACAACAUUCUCUAAUAUCAGCACUAAAUUACCCACUGCACCACCACCCACGCCUCCGUCGAAUGCAAAUACAAAGCCAUCAAAACCGUUGGUGUUCGAUGUUAGCUUUGUGGAUGGUGAUGAGGAACCGGCUGCUUCUAUUGUUAUAAAACCCAAUAGUUCGCCUCAGAAAUCUGCUGUUGCCGCAACAACACAUAACAUGUCAAUUUCUCAAACGCUCACGAGCUCAACAAUAACAACAAAUACUACAGGCGGCGGUGGAGUCGGCAUUCCAUCUGCAAAAUUCUGUAUAAAAAGUGCACGUGGGGUUCCAUAUAAAGUUGUUAAAAUACCCCCAUCAUCAUUGCCGGUAAUGACGUCCAGCUCUGGGUAUAGCAAUGCUCAGCUACAAAAUAGAUUGGUAUAUAGUAGUAAGGUGAAUAAUAGUAAUAUUACCACCAACACCACAACAACAACAACAACAAAUAUCGGUUCUCCCUCCUCCAUUGCAUUGCAGCAACCAAAGAAAGUUUUAAAUACAACGAAUCCCAUUAAAAUCAGUGGUAUGUCAUCAAUUGGUUCGCCAAGUGCCACAAUACAAUUAAUUCCCUCUGGCUCAGUGAGGAUUGCUGCGACCAAACAACCACCACCAUUAUCUUUGCCAUCAACAGGUGUUGCUUCUCAAACUCAAACAAUUCAGACCUCCUCUGCGGCAAAAUCUCUAACCAUUGCUGCACUACCAAAAGUCACAGCUACUACUGGGUCUGGGACAUCAUCAACAACAGCAACAAGUGUUACAUAUUCAAAACUACAACCUGCCAUUAGCACCACCACCAGUGCCCAGACAUCCACAACAAAUAUUAAUCCAGUAACAUCGCCAAUUACUUCAUCUACAGCUACCAAUAGCACCUCAAAUUCUGGAUUGACCAUAACAAGUGUACAAUCUUUUGGGGUAUCACCAAUGCUAAAGAAACCCAGCACCGCCGCAAUACAGCAACAGACCUCCACACCUAUACAAACAGCAGCAGCCUCACACGGAAUUAAGCGAUCGCCGCAAAGACCGAUUUCAUCUCCCGCCGCCACAAAUGUUGAUAAAUCAUCAGCAGCAGCAGAGAGCAAUGCAAAAUCUCUCAUGGCAAAAGAACAAUCAUCCGCAAAUCCCAACCGUUUUGAGAACUCCAAUGCUCCUAGUAGUGGUAUAGCUACAUUACCACCGCACAUUCAAUAUGGUUAUAUUGUAUCGCCAAACUAUACGGAAUGCAAAUUUGUUGCCAAACGUGUUAUGGACGAAUUUUAUGUUAAAGUACCCACUGUGGGUAUUUUAAAAUUAAUUGGUCUCUCAGCUGUCAAUAAUUAUCUGAAUAAGUAA